AUGUACAUAUACAGGAAUUUGACAAGAGGAGUUGGUAGAUUUAGAGAGAUUCUAAGAGCUGUUGAAACAAGAACUACACAGAAUCUACGCAUGACAAUAGCAAGGCAGUUAGCUGAAAUUUUGCUACGAGGCAUGUGUGAACAGAGUUAUUGGCACCCUCUGGAUGACCCUCCUCAACAGUCCCCUUUAAAUGAUCCACUCUGGAAAGCUACAAACACUAAAAGUUAUGCUCUUAGCAGAAGACCACGAGUGUAUUCAGGAGAAAACAUUUUUUGUCCUCAAGAGAACACGGAAGAAGCUUUGUUGCUGCUAUUAAUCAGUGAAUCCAUGGCUAACCGUGAUGCUGUAUUGAGCAGAAUACCAGAACACAAAAACGAUCGUAUCAUCAGUUUGCAAAGUGCAUCUGUAGUGUACGAUUUGCUUACUAUUGCCUUGGGAAGACGAGGUCAAUAUGAAAUGCUCUCGGAGUGUUUGGAACGGGCUAUGAAAUUUGCCUUUGAAGAAUUCCAUCUUUGGUAUCAAUUUGCACUUUCCUUAAUGGCAGCUGGAAAAUCUGCUCGAGCUGUGAAGGUCUUAAAAGAAUGUAUUCGGUUGAAGCCAGAUGAUCCUACAAUUCCACUUCUUGCUGCUAAAUUAUGUAUGGGAACCCUUCAUUGGUUAGAAGAAGCAGAAAGAUUUGCCCGAAUGGUGGUUGAUGUGGGGGACAAAACAUCAGAAUUCAAAGCCAAAGGUUUUUUAGCCCUAGGAUUGACCUACAGUCUACAAGCUACAGAUGCUUCUUUGAGAAGAAUGCAAGAAGUCCUGCAGCGAAAGGCUCUUCUAGCGUUUCAAAGGGCACAUACUUUGUCUCCAACUGAUCAUCUGGCAGCCUUUUAUUUAGCUUUAGUCAAACGAUAAAGAGCUAUACCAGAAGCUUUGGGUUACGUUCGUCAGGCUCUGCAGCUUCAAGGUGAUGAUGCUAAUUCUUUACAUCUCCUUGCCCUGUUGCUGUCAGCUCAGAAACACUACCAUGAUGCUCUGAAUAUCAUUGACAUGGCCCUGAGUGAAUACCCAGAAAAUUUCAUAUUAUUGUUUUCAAAAGUCAAAUUGGAAUUACUCUGCAGGGGCCCUGAUGAGGCACUCCUUACUUGUAAACACAUGUUGCAGAUCUGGAAGUCUUGUUACAAUCUUACUAAUCCCAGUGAUUCUGGACGUGGCAGCAGUUUAUUGGACAGAGCCAUUGCUGACAGGCGACAGCUUAACACAAUCACUCUCCCAGAUUUCAGUGAUCCUGAAACAGGUUCGGUCCAUGCGACAUCAAUAGCAGCCUCUAGAGUGGAGCAGGCACUAUCAGAGGUGGCUUCAUCUUUGCAGAGUAGUACUCCAAAGCAGGGUCCUCUGCAUCCUUGGAUGACAUUGGCUCAGAUCUGGCUUCAUGCAGCUGAAGUAUACAUAGGAAUUAGAAAACCUGCAGAAGCCACUGCUUGUACUCAGGAAGCUGGUAACCUCUUUGCUAUGUCUCACAAUGUUCUCUACAUGAGAGGUCAAGUGGCAGAACUUCGGGGAAAUACUGAUGAAGCCAAGCGCUGGUAUGAAGAGGCCUUGUCUAUUAGCCCUACACAUGUCAGAAGUAUGCAAAGAUUGGCUCUAAUUCUUCAUCAGCUUGGCCGGCACAGCUUGGCCGAGAAGAUCCUUCGGGAUGCUGUCCAGGUGAACUCAACAGCCCAUGAGGUCUGGAAUGGCCUCGGGGUGGUCCUGCAAGCUCAGGGUAAUGAUGAUGCAGCCACGGAAUGUUUCCUGACAGCACUGGAGCUUGAAGCCAGUAGCCCUGUUGUCCCUUUCACCAUCAUCCCUCGAAUCCUUUGAAAAGCAGACUGCUCAUCCUGCUUCAGCUGAACUUGAGAAUGUGAGGACGCCUAUGAGCUAAUCUUUCCUUCUGACUCCAAGGGGCAGCUCUUCACCCUGAGAGGUAACAAUAUACAACUGCAGGCAAUCUGCUCAUUUCUGUCGGGUGUCCAACACGGGGAAACAAUAUAGGAUCUUAAUCAGUGAAGAAAAAUUGAAAAAGAGAAGGAAAUAAAUACACAUGCACACUUUAAGCCACCAUGUACGUAUUGUCUACAUAUUUUUUUUUUGCCACAUAGUCAUUUUGAAACCUGAUGCUUAUUGUUCAAAUGGAUAUUGUGCCAUAUUUUGUUAGGUGACAUCAGAGUGUUAUGUAAAAAACUCUAAAUAGAAUCAGUAAUAGAUAAUAGAUUCAAGUUAAAAUUCAGUGGCAGAGGAAGCCUAUUUUUAACCAAGCCUGUCAAAGACCUGUUCUCUUCAUGGCUUUCAACCUCUCUGGAGCUCAGAAUCAAAAUGUGAAAUUUGCUGUGUUCCAUCUUCUACGGUAGUCCAGCCCAGCAAAUCAGCUGAAAGGUUAUGUUUUGAGUUGUUAAUAGCUGUGAUGUGUAGCUAAUUGUUAUUUCUUGUAUUUAGAAGAAAGGUUGUGUACAAGAAUAUUUAUAUUUUACCAGCGUAUGCCUGUUGAAAAAAAAAGAAAUGAAAAUAUUAGUUAUUUAAGUUUAACUUUUUUAUGUGAAUCCAGAGUUUAUUUAUCAAUGGAAAUAUGUAAAAAAGAUGCUACAAAUAGAAUAUUUACCGACAUUCCUUAUGAAGUAUACACUACCUUGGCUCAAUGGAAAGAUUAUGUU